AUCAAACAAAACAAAUGUUUGCUGGAAAAUGGAAAAAAUGGAUAACUCCGAGGCACUAACGAAGAAAACCAACAACAGCGUGGACCUAACCAAACAGGAACAAAUGAAGCCGCGGUCAUUUAUACGGGGCACAAGUGGUCAUUUAUUGCAGCAAUUGAAUGAGUUUCGAAAAAGAGAACAGUUCACUGAUGUCGUCCUCUUGGGCUGUGAUGGUACCCGCAUAUCUGCCCAUCGUAACAUUUUAGCUGCCGCCAGUCCCUAUUUUAUGGCCAUGUUUAGUGGCCAUUUUCCUGAAAGUGAUCAACCUGAAAUACAUCUACCCGAAAUCGAUACGCAAUGCCUGCAAUUGGUAGUGGAAUUUAUUUACACCGGCCUGGUGGAUAUUAGCGAUGAUUAUGUGCAACAGCUAAUGCAGACCGCAUCAUUUCUACAAUUGGAUCAUUUAUCGGAUAUGUGUGGUGAACACAUGGGCGAGCUAUUGGAUCCGGAGAAUUGUUUGGGUUUCAAACAUUUUGCCGAGAAGCAAAAUAAUCAGAUAUUGUUGGAAAUGGCCAAAGAUUAUAUUAUCACACAUUUUCAGGAUGUUGUUCAGUGUGAGGAGUUCUAUGAAAUGUCCUAUGAGGAGUUGGUACCGAUUCUCAGCAAUAACGAACUCUUUAUGCACUCCGACGAUACCAUACUCCAGGGAAUUGUACGCUGGGCCGAAUAUAUGCCCGAACAACGCCUAUCAUAUCUGUCACAACUCCUGCGCUUUAUACAUCCCAUGUGUGUAUCGGCCGAGGUCACCAGAUCACUGACUACCCUUCAAAAGCAAAACGAUUGCUCGCAGUGGCUGAGCGAAGUCCAACACUAUGAGGGUAGCUCUGAAUGGCGUAUAUUUUUGGUGGAUAAAAUGGGUCGAAAUCCUGAGACAUGUCGUUACGAUCUGAAAACAGGAACAAUGUUGACCCUGAAACCACCUCCGCGGCCGGCCUUUGCCAUUAGCCUGGCAGCCCAUAAAAAUAUAUUGUACAUUCAGGGUGGCAGUAUUGGACGAAGUACAAAUAAUUGUUAUUACUAUAAUAUAUAUCGCGAUCAGUGGCAUGAUCUGGCCCCGCUGCAGGUUAAAAGAUCGCACCACCGUUCGCUAAUUGUCAACGACUGCCUGUAUGCCAUUGGGGGAAAUUCAUCGAAUGGCAUUACAAAUUCGGUGGAAUAUCUAAAUUUGGCGACGAACAAAUCGGAUUUCUGUAAACCGAUGCUGGUGCAUCGCAGCUCCAUGGGAGCGGUGGUCCAUGGUGAAUGUAUGUAUGUGAUGGGUGGCGAAGAAGAGAUACGCAGCUACAAUUGCCUCGAACGCUAUGAUCCGCGAGAGAAUUCAUGGCAAUUUUUGGCACCCAUGAACGAUGUGAAGGGUUACUGUUCCAGUGCCGUGUUGGGUGACAACAUCUAUUGCUGUGAAGGCUUGGGCAUGUGCAUGGAACGUUAUGAUAUGCGUGCCAAUCGUUGGGAGGUCAUAGACUUCGGUGAAGAGCGGGAGUUUUAUGAGAUUUUCACCGUCGACAAUCAGCUGUAUUCAACAUGUGGUGACUUCAUUGCCCACUACGAAAUGGACUCGAAUCGUUGGGUUGUCAUCCAUAAAUUUCCCUAUGUGCGGGAUUGGGAUUAUGCUGUUGCUAUGAAUAUGGUCAAUUAUGGUAUCGAAGAGGACUGACGUUAAUUU